UAAGAAUAAACAAACACAAGAGCCGCGCCGCAGGGACUCUGAAGAGCCAUAUUUCGGUUUGUGCGUGAAUCUAACAAUUCAAUCUGUAUUCGAUUCUCAACAUCUGCUUUGAAUCGGAGGCUGUUAGAUUCGCGCACAAACUCGUAAUCUGUCUCUUCGUAUCAUUCAUCGGCAGAUCAAGACAUUUGUAAAACUGUUUGGUAUAUAUAUAUGAUUAUAUACACUUGAAUUGUAGAUUUGGAUUAUUGAUGUGACAAAGUAAUUAUUGAUUUAAGAUUGUUUUGAUUUCAGAUCGAGGAGGAAUUUAAUCUGUGUGAUGUUAUUUUGUUGAAUAACCGGAAAUUUUGUGUAUAGAUUUAUAUCAUGGAUGAUUUUGUAGAAGAUUUGAUUCUAUGUAUGAAUGAGCUCGAUUUUUGUGGAUGCUUUAUUAUGAUUUAGACUGCAACUGUAAUUUAAUUCGUAUUUUGAAAGCUUGGUUUUAGUGCUUCAUAAUUUGGACUACAACUGUAAUUGAGUUCAUAUUUGUAAACCUGGUCAUAGUGCUUAAGCAAUUAGAGAGUAAUCUCGUGAUAUAAUUUAUUGGAAUUAGAGAAAGUGGAAAUUGUAGUGAAUUAAAGAGUUGAAAGCAAGGAUGUUGACGGAACUUGGUUUCUUUCUGCUGGAUACAUAUAGAAAUGUACAACAACCGAUCUGCUUUGGAUCGAAUCAAUUAUGUUAGUGUUGCCGGAUAAAAUUAACAUUUUACUUUCGUAGAAAGAAAUGAAUAAAAUCCCACCUGGAGCCUUUGUUUGUUCUGGAAUAACAUCUCUGCUUCACUAUGUGUCCUGCAAUUCAUAUAUAUCCUGGAAAAGAGGCAGCCAAGGACCAAGAUAAUUUUAAUUUUUUAUUAAAGUUUGUUUUUAUUUCCGAUAAAGGAAGAAUGAAUUUGGGUGAUGUGAAUUUAUUAAACAACACAAGUAGAAGUUGUAUUUAUCGCUUUUUAUCAUGUAUGUAUGGUUUUCAGGAAAAUCUGAUUGUGUAUGUAUAAGCUCACUUUUUGGAUAUUUUGUAGAUGUUUAAGACUACUUUGUAAAUUAAUUUAGUGUAUGCAAACCUGAAUGUAGUGUUAAAUCAACUGCAGUAAUCACAUUAACUAAUUUACUGGACCAGAGAAGGUAGAAUUUAGAUUGAAUUUAGGGCAAGGGUGUUAACUAAUCUUAAUUUGGUUCUGCUGAUUUCUAGAAAACUACUAUGAUUUAGAUCAAAUCUAUUUAUGUCCGCAGCAGCAAGGAAAACAUCAUGUUAUUAUCUUAGAAUAAAACUCCCUUUAAACUCCUUGCUUUCCCGGAAUGACAUUCCAGCUAACUAUGAGUUUCCCCAUUGACAUUUCACCUAUCCUGGUAUAGAAGAAGCAUGGAAAUAUCUAAUUUAUUUCAGGUUUGGCUUAGCAGUUGUUCAUUCACAUGACUUCUUCAGUAAAUUCAACUAGUUUACUUGGUUCAAGUUUUUUUCCAGACAAAGGCCUGACCUUUCGUAGGGUGAUGAUAUGAUCUUAAAGUCCUUCUAUUUGCUACGAACAGUGGAAUUUAGCUCCUAUUUUUUGCUUAAAACCCAUCUCUGAUGCAUUCAGGUACGUGUUUUCUCUUUCUAUAGUACUGGCUAUUCCUCAUCUUUAUGCACGCCAUAUGUGUUAAGUGUUCAUAUUUUCUUAAAGUACAUACCUGGACUAUAAAGACUUCUUGCCUCUAUAACUGCCCAAGGAUCGAUGUCUAAGCAAUAUAUGAUAGCUCAUAUGUUAUAGGAUACUUCUUUAUCCUGGCAGAUUUUUGGUAUUACUGCUUCAGAUAUAUAGAUGGUAGUUUCUUUUACAGGGUUAGGUUUAUAUCAUUGUGACGGUUCUGUUAUAUAGAAACAAUAUAUGUACUUAACAAAAGUUCGAUGUUACUAGUAGUUACUUAUGUCGUAGUUGUAUUAGUUGCAAGGAGUCUUGAUCAUAAGAGGAUAAAUAGCAAUAACUUGUAAAGAAUUUAUGACAAUACAAAUAGGGUUAAGUUUUAGCUUACCGACAAGAUUCUAUCCUGCCUAACGCAGAGUUCCCGAAUGGAAAUAUCUGCUUCUGCUGCAGAUAUUCCAAAAAGCGAUCAACCAGUAAAAUAUGAUUUGGAAUUUCUCUGUCAUGUCUUUUUCAACAUUCUCAGAGAGAAGUUUUAACUCUUAACAUAGACAAUCAAGAGAGAAAAACUGGUCAGUUGAAUUGGCUGUUGGAAAGCCUAUUUCCCUGGCACUUUGAGUUGAAUCGGCAACAAGGAAAUUUGCUACCAUUGCACUUUUAGUUGAUAUACUUCAUAUAUGCUCAAAAGCUCAUAAAACUUUAUGAUGUCUAUCUCAGUUACUCCGAAAUUUACAGAGAAUAAUACUCGCUUAGCAAAUGUGAAUUUCAGUGAUUGCAGAGGAAGCCGCCUUUUUAUGGAUGGUUUGUAACAUUGCGUGACCAGGUUCAAACCACAUUGGUUGGUCCAAUAACAGACAAUUUCUGAUCGAAUGAACAGUAGGGUGCGUGGUAUGAAUUGACCAUCCUCGAACAAAGCUAAUUUUAUCAAGAUAGUUGAAUCCGAGAGGGAUAUGCCACUCUCUUCAUGGUAAUUCUUAGGUCUUGGAUGAAAUAGUGUUGAAAUGCAAACUUCUUUUAUGGCCAAAGCUAUAGAUGAACCCUUUUUUGCCCUCUCUAAGCUGUAAUACAUGACAUAUAUUUAAUUUCUAUAAAUGAGAUAAAUAUGCAAAGAAAUUAUAAGAAAGUGAAUGUUAAGUUUGUACUAAUAUGACAUAUGAAUGGCAUGAAAAUAGUUAGAAUGAGAUGGGCCUAAAGUUAUAGCUAUUUAUAGUAGCGGAAACAAAGAUAGCAUUCUUGUUGAUAUAUGCAGCAAUAUAGGCUGGCCAAUCUCCCCAGGGGACAACUAGAGAUAGAUUAGAACAACCCUUUGUCUUUUUUAAACAAAGUCUCCAUCGUCAUUCUCUUGAUCCAGGCACACAGGAAAACCUUUCAAGGCAUUUGAUUUCUUGAAUUGUUUUCCUGUGCGCCGAUCCGAGCCAUGCAUUCCAAUUCUUGCUGUGUUCUUUUUCUUGUUUAUGCAUGCAUUGUCUGUAAUGUCAUACAUGCACAACCACCUGGACCGACCAAGAUUCUUUUAAGUUGUGGAAACCAGAAAGGCGGGAAGGAUGCCGAUGGCAGAACAUGGGAGCCUGAUUCUAAAUACCUUGUAAAUUCAGAUAAAUCGGUGGAAUCUAAAGCCGAAACACAAGAUUCCUCACUCCCAUCUGAUGUUCCAUACAUGACAGCCAGGAUAUUUAAUGCUGAGACUUCUUACAAAUUUUCUGUUAAUGGUAGCAGUAGGAUAUUUCUUAGGCUACAUUUUUAUCCAUCUUCAUACCCGAAUUUCAAUAUAUCCAACUCGUAUUUUUCGGUUAAGGCAGGCGGACUUACCCUUUUGAACAAUUUCAGUGCUGCAACAACAGCCCUCGCUUUAUCACAGGCUUAUAUUCUCAAAGAAUACACACUGAAACCUUCGGAUUCCAAUGACCUGAGUCUAACCUUCACGCCUUCUGACAAGUACAGCGGAAGUUUUGCUUUUGUUAAUGGCAUCGAGGUGAUUGAAACACCGGAGAUGUUUGAUGAUACCACAGAAAUGGUAGGAUUUUCCGGGGGUGAAGUAAGCGUGAUGGUGGAGGCCACGAAAGCCAGCAUGGAGACCAUGUACAGAUUAAAUGUGGGUGGACAAUUUAUUCCACCAACAAAUGAUUCAGCUGGCCUAAUGAGGAGCUGGUACGAUGAUACGGCUUAUAUCUUAGGUGCCUCGAGUGGGGUGACAAACAAGGCCAAUGCUCCGAUCACAGCUGAAGGUUUGACAGGUACAUUAGCACCUCUUGAUGUGUACAGCACUGCACGAAGUAUGGGUCCGGAUCCAAAUAUCAAUAAGAACUAUAACUUGACAUGGGUUUUUGAGGUUGAUGCUAACUUUACCUAUCUGGUGAGGCUUCAUUUAUGUGAGUAUUUGUAUCAAAAGGUGAAUCAGAGGGUGUUUGAGAUUUAUGUCAAUAACCAAACUGCUUCAGAAACCAUGGAUGUCAUUGCAUUGGCAGGGGCUGCAAAUCAUCCUGUGAAGAAGGAUUUUGCUGUACAUGUGAAUGGUAAACAGGAUAACAAGGAGAUUUGGGUAGCACUUCAUCCUAAUGUGGAUGUUAAGCCUGAGUUUUAUGAUUCACUGUUGAAUGGAUUGGAGAUAUUUAAGCUUGAUGAUGAAAAGGGAAACUUGGCUGGACCGAACCCUGAGUUAUCUGAUUUGAUGCGUAAACAACAAGAGCACAAUAACAAGAAAUUUGCUGAAGAGAAAAGCUACACUGGUGCAUUAAUUGGUGGAGCUGCUGGUGGCGUUGCUGCUUUUGGCAUCGGUGCUGCAAUUAUUUUUGUUAUCCAGAACAAGAAGAGGAGAAAUCCAGGUGAUUCGGUGUCUAGUUGGCUUCCGCUUUAUGGAAACUCUCACAGUUCAGCAACUACCGGCUCUGGCAGGAGCAAUGGUAGUACAACCAUAUCAUCUGAUGCAGCCGCGAAUUGUAGAUACUUCUCUUUGGCUGAAAUCAAACAGGCAACGAAGAAUUUUGAUGAAUCUCAUGUUAUUGGGGUGGGAGGAUUUGGAAAGGUAUAUAGAGGCGUUAUUGAUGGAGAUACCAAGGUGGCUAUUAAACGAUCAAACCCCUCUUCAGAACAAGGGGUUAAUGAAUUCCAGACUGAAAUCGAGAUGCUUUCGAAGCUGAGGCAUAGGCAUUUGGUGUCCCUUAUAGGGUUCUGUGAAGAGGGUAAUGAGAUGGCACUGGUUUAUGACUACAUGGGAAAAGGAACUCUAAGGGAGCAUCUUUACAAUAAGAACAAGAUUACUCUUUCUUGGAAGCAAAGGCUGGAUAUCUGUAUUGGGGCAGCAAGGGGUUUGCAUUAUCUUCACACUGGAGCCCAGUACACUAUUAUACAUAGGGAUGUCAAGACUACCAACAUUCUUGUGGAUGAUAAAUGGGUUGCAAAGGUAUCGGAUUUCGGUUUAUCUAAAACGGGUCCUAAUAUGAACCAAGGCCAUGUAAGCACUGUUGUAAAGGGUAGCUUUGGUUACCUGGAUCCUGAGUACUUUAGGAGACAACAAUUGACAGAAAAGUCUGAUGUGUACUCAUUUGGCGUUGUUCUCUUCGAGGUAUUAUGUGCUAGGCCCGCCCUCAAUCCUAGUCUUCCCAAGGAACAAGUAAGCCUUGCUGAUUAUGCUAUGCGUUGCCAGAGAAAUGGGACAUUAGAAGAAAUAAUUGAUCCCCAGCUCAAAGGAAAAGUAAAGCCCGAGUGUUUAAAGAAAUUUGCUGAGACAGCUGAGAAGUGCUUAUCUGAUCAUGGAACGGACCGCCCCUCAAUGGGAGAUGUCCUGUGGAACCUUGAAUUUGUGUUGCAACUGGAAUCAGAGUCUGGAGAAUCCAAGCAUUCUCGAGUACCAAGUGGAAGCGUUGACGGCAGUGUCCAUCAAAUGGAUCAUGGUAGCGUAAUGGCUAUGCACAAGAGCACUCUCAGCCUUGGAAGUGAAUAUGAUGAAAAAGAACAAUCAGAAGAUAACCCUGAUGAGAUCUUCUCUCAAAUCGUCAAUCAAAAGGGGAGAUAGAUCAAUCAAGUGUUUCUGUUUAGAAAAGUGGGAAGGCUAAUGCUCCAGUCUUUGGAAUCAAUCCCUUGAGUAUUAGCAAACCAAACCAAUCAUAGAUGCUAUACAUUUUAAAUACAUAAGUAUGUGUUUUCGAGACCUCUCUUACUUAUUUGUACUUAGUCACUGUUUACUGGGGGAUCUCAGGAUCUGCACAUAUCUAAUAGCACAUCCCAGUUUCCAAAAGAGGCCUGUGAUUCAUACGAUUACGACAUUAUCAAAGAGUCAUACCAGUUUUCCUAUUUUGCCUUCAGUACAAAUUACUGACUGCAAGUCUGCAACAAACUAUCAUUCCCGUCAUUUCUCAAGAGAUUUCCUCUAAAUUAUGGAGGUAAAUAUUUCAACUUGCUAUGAUACUAAAAAUACACUCCCAGUAUAACAGUAAUACAUUUUUGAUUACCAGUAUGUAGUUCAACUCUGCUGGAUAUGUCUUCUGAAACUUGUUUUUUGGGUGGCAUGUGCUCCUGUGAUUCUUGACUCUGUUGUUUCUUCUCAGAAUCAUUGCUCACAUUCUUAAUGAGCUCUGAUGCAUUCUUGUUUAUCUUC